AUGGAAACGAUUAAGAGGGAAAAUAUACAGCUAGGUGAUAAUAGAAAACUAGUGGCCACAAUGGGCGUCCCACUACCACCAAUGAGCGGCAGUAGCACAAUCGUCGUCCGGUCACCACCAACACAAUCGCCAGCGGACGCACUACCACCGCAGCCGAGCACGGUUGAGGCGAGUGUCGUCAAUCCGGUCACGUCACCGUUCGAGGUGGUCGACCAAAAGCCACCGUGCGAGAAAUCAGUUCAUCCCCAGUCGCCGACAUCGCACCGUGCGUGGUUUCGGAAAUCCAACACCUGUGGUAGCUUGUACGUACAGUGCGGAUGCACCGUGGAAUCCGGCGAAGAUCCCCACACGUUGACGAGCUCGAACCAACCCGCAGAGCGGUGCCGCAGUGGCGAAACAUCUUCGAGCUCGCAGCCCGAUCGACAGCAGCCUCGACCGCGUCCCAUUUCCCUGUCCGAUAAGGACAUUCGACGGAUUCGACCACGGCUCGAUAAACCUUCGUUCGUGCACCCGGAUAGUCCGACGACCGUGUUUGGCGAAGCGAACGCAAAGGAUGCGUUGGUGAAGAAGGCACAAUCCACCCGAGCGCUAAUUCCCACGGCCCAAACACCGAACGGAGACUACGAAAUACUGCACACGGCCACGGCACAUUCCAAACGCUACUCGACACCUGCCAUCGGCACCAGCUACGCCUUUCAUCCGGAAUUUGUGCUGCAAAAACUGGACACGGGCACAUCCGCCAACGGGUCGAGUGCUCAGCUCAACCAGCCACCAGCAGCACAAUCGGACCCGGGCCGGAGUGGGUCUAAAAUUGUGUUCAAACAAAGGGCCUGCACGAGCUAUCCGGGGUUAGAGGGUACCGGCCGCUUCGAGGGAUCCUUCUCGAACGCAUCGAGCAUCGACGAAGUGGGUGCGGUGGAUGAAGUUGGUGGAUCGAGUGUGCCCACGCUUGGAUCGCUGGAGGAUCUAGAACGUAGCCAGAGUGAGAGCACACCCCAACAGCAACCAGUCAACGUGCCCGACGACACUGGUGGCACCCUUGACACUAGCGGACAUUGCCGAGGGGUGCUAAUUGAAUCAAACAGCAGUAAUACUGGCAAAGUGAGCAACGCGUGCGCGAUCCCAGUGCGAAAAGGGAGGGAACUGUUCGUAGACAACAGUGGCCAGCUCAGUGUCUCCCUUGACAGUGGCCGUGAGGCGCAUCGGCGGGGCGAGGCCGCCCACCAUCAUCAGUCGGGGCACGGUGGUGCAUGCAGUGCGGAAAACAGUCCACCAAGUCCACCGUCGCUGCUGCUAAGCCCGGUCAUACCGUCGAAGUUUGAUUGCUCCGCCAAGGAGUACCUCAUCCAGUCCGGCAUACUCGGUCCGAUGGGUAAUGGGUCGUCGUUGCUCAUGCGCAAAACCUCCAAGAUUGUGCCGAAUAUUGACACACCGGUCAAGGAACGGAUACGCAAGAAUUCGGUCAAGUUCUGGGGCAAGGUACUUACCGAGGAUCGCCGAAAGUCACUUACCGGCCAGUGCGAUAGUCUGCAGUCGUACGGAAGCUCGAUGACGAUCAGCGGCACGGAACCGAACAGUUUCGAGGACGAGAUCAUCGGCUUGCGAAAGCUGCUGAGGGCGCGCGAUGAUGAGAUAGACAAAUUGCGUCGUGAAAUCGACAAGCUUAAGAGUGUGCUGCAACAAAAAGCGGUCAACAGUCUCGAACAACCGAACGCUCAAUCGGGUCAGCAGAGGUUACCGCUAGUCAGUCCCUCCAACACACCAACGCACAAAGGGCAGAAUGUGGCCGAAGGUGAGCUGCUAUCCAGCAUCCAGGCCAACUACGCCAUGGCCGGGCAGCCCAUGUCGGAGCUGUUUGGCAUUUCCGGCAACAGCUUCAAGCUGCACCAGAUGAAAUCCGUCAAAGGCAUCACGUUGCAGGCGAUGAAGAAACAGGGUGUGUCGGGUGAAAGUUGCGACCUGAUGGGUAGCCAGUCGAGCGACAUCAAGAUACCAAAGUACAAGAAAGAUUUCAGUGCGAAGCAGCUGAUCAAAGACGCAAUCAUGGAGAACGAUUUCUUCAAAAAUAUAGACUCGCUCCAGAUAAGAGAGAUCGUCGAUUCAAUGUACAGCCGCGAGUUCCGCAAGGGCGAGUACGUCAUACACGAGGGUGAGGCGGGUUCGCAUCUGUACGUUUCCGCGUCCGGCGAGUUUGAAGUCAUCAAGGAUAGCAAAGUGCUCGGCGUGAUGGGCCCGGGAAGAGCCUUCGGAGAGUUGGCGAUACUGUACAACUGCACGCGGACGGCGUCGAUACGGGUACUUUGCGACUCGCGCGUGUGGGUACUGGAUCGAAGAGUGUUCCAGCAGAUCAUGAUGCGCACGGGAAUGCAACGGAUAGAGGAGAAUGUUAACUUCCUGAAGUCGGUACCGCUGCUAAAGCAUCUAAGCAACGAUGUUCUGACGAAAAUUGCCGACGUCCUUGAGGUGGAAUUCUACCCCGCUGGAGCGUUCAUCAUUCGCCAAGGUGCCGCUGGAGACACAUUCUUUCUAAUUAGCCAAGGCACGGUAAAGGUGACCCAACGGCUACCCGGCCGCUCGGUGGAGGAAGAAAUACGCAUCCUGGUCCGUGGAGAGUACUUCGGCGAGCAAGCGCUCAUUAGGGAGGAUAAGCGCACGGCCAACAUUAUCGCCAUGUCGCCCGGUGUCGAGUGUCUCACGCUGGAUCGAGAGUCAUUCACCAAGCACAUCGGUGACCUGUGCGAGUUGCAGGAAAAGAACUAUGGCGAUGAGGAACGCGUGCUGGCGUUCCGCAAUCUGGAGAACACUCAUCCUUCGCUGGGUUCGUGUCAGCCAGAGCUGUUGGAUGUGAACUUAACCGACCUGGAGGUGGUAGGAACUCUCGGAGUGGGUGGAUUUGGCCGGGUCGAGCUAGUUAAGCUGGAACGCAACGACGCCACACAGGUGUACGCACUGAAGUGCAUGAAAAAACGGCACAUUGUUGACACGCGGCAACAGGAGCACAUGUACAGCGAACGGAAGAUUAUGUUGGCGUGCCAGAGCCCAUUUAUCUGUCGGCUGUACCGCACGUACAAGGAUACCAAGUUUGUGUACAUGCUGCUGGAGGCUUGCAUGGGCGGCGAGGUGUGGACAAUUCUCCGCGAUCGCGUUACGUUCGAAGACUCGACGGCAAAGUUCAUCGUUGCCUGUGUGCUGCAAGCUUUCGACUUUCUGCACGCACGUGGUAUCGUCUAUCGAGAUUUGAAGCCGGAAAAUCUACUACUCGAUGCAAGGGGAUACGCGAAAUUGGUUGAUUUUGGAUUCUCCAAAUUCAUCGGCUAUAGCAGCAAAACGUGGACGUUUUGCGGUACACCGGAGUACGUGGCACCGGAAAUAAUUCUCAACAAGGGACAUGACCGAUCGGUUGAUUACUGGGCGUUGGGUAUUUUAAUACACGAGCUACUGACUGGAAUCCCACCGUUUACGGCAGCAGAUCCGAUGAAAACGUACAACAUAAUACUGAAAGGUAUUGACAUGGUAAACUUCCCGAAGCAUAUGUCUCGUGCCGCCAUUAGCCUGAUCAAGCGACUCUGCCGUGACGUUCCAUCCGAACGAUUGGGUUAUCAGCGGGGCGGUGUUCAAGACAUCAAAAAGCACAAAUGGUUCCAGGGCUUCGACUGGGAUGGUUUGAUCGCGCUAACACUUAAAUCUCCCUUGCAACCGAACCUGCAGGGACCACUGGACAUGUCCAACUUCGACAUCUUCCCCAAAGACUUAGACAUUCCGCCGGACGAGCUGUCCGGGUGGGAUGCUGACUUUUGA